AUUAGAGCUCAAGACUUAAUUUUUAAUACAUCAAUGGCUAAACAAUAAUCUUUCUCUAUAUAAUUUUGAUUUAUGUUUAUAAUAAAAAUGAACAUAAUUACCAUAUAUUGUACAUAAAGCACUGUGGAAACUUGAUAACUGACAAAUUUUACACACUUGUACUUAGACAGUGUCAAGCAGUCUAAUACUGGACAUUUUCCAGCAAGAGACACUGAAGGACACAGUGCAUUGUUUUAUUCUUGUUUAAUCUUGUUUAACAUUGACAAUGACAAAAAUAAAUUGAUUCAUUGUGUUAUAUUGUGUCAACUGUGUCUUUUGCAGGAAAGUAUCUACUAUGUCACAGUUGGAACACUGUGUUGGACUGUCACCUGUAUAUCUUGUUGAAAAACAGUCAGGAUGAUAUGUUUAUGUGCAUUAACAUUGGUAUUCAUGUAAUUUGCAGAAUUAAGAUAAACGCGAAAUUCUGAGUGAAAUGGAUGAAACGGAGGUCGACGAUCUAGAGGCAGGCGCAGCCUCGAACUCCUUUGUAUUCUCCAAACCGGGUACUAUAUCUGAUCUUCCAAGAAUCAUUAAUUUCGGCGUGGGAUCAGAACAUGUCUUCGACACUGUCAGCAAGAAGAAUACAUUUACUUUCGCCGCACCCACGAUCGUGUCGCGUUACGUUCAAAGUUGCACGGGCCUAAGUGCCAAAAAAACGGACAUAUAUAAGCCAAGAAUUUCGAGAAACACGUUCAAGCCUGCAGUCAAUAUGUUCACCAAUGCUCUCAAGGAUACAGGGGCGUUUGAACAGUUGAAAAAGAAUUCCAGGGCACGCAUUACUAAAGUCAACAUAGACAACUCGAUAACAUGCUCCGACGUACCCAAAGCCCUGCUGACUAAAUCGGCAGCAAAGGACUACUUUAAGAAGUACGGGAAUAUCGUGAAGAUAACUAUUCGUCCGAGGAAGCGUGAGAUCAUCGUAGUUUAUACGACGAAGAUAGAGGCGAGCUCUGCAUAUUAUGGCAGCGGCGAUUACAAAAACGACAAGUUUCACGUAGAAUGGACGAAGCUGGAGUCAACUGCGAAAGGGGCGCAAACCAAGAAAAAAGAUUUGCUGAAUAUAGUGGCGAAUUUCCUUAAAGCACCCGACAAUGAGAUUAAAUCGGAAUUAGAAGCUAUGGCGAACAUGGAGUAUAAUUUGCAUCCUGCGAAAGGGAGCGAGGUUCCCGACGUAAGCGCGUUGCUGCCGUUGAAGACCAAAGCGCUGAGUGGAAAAGCUGCAUUAACGUCGCAUGAGAAGGCUACGGCGAAGUCGGAGAAAGCUGCCAUGAAAGUUGAGAAACACGAUAUCGAGUGCCAGAAAGCUAAACCUUUGUCCAGUACGACUAUAGAGGAGCUGCAAAAUAUAAUACAUCAAGCUGCUCUUACGACCGACGACAAGUACAAGGUGUUGGAGGCCAGAGACCGUCUUAUGAGACUGAAGCGAGUCAAGCCAGCCUCGUUGGCGACAGCUAAGGUGACCAACGGCACCUGCCCCGACAUGUGUCCAGAGAAGGAACGUUUGAUGCGCGAGUCACAGCGGCAGGUCGCCUCGUACGAGCAACUAGAGGGGAACGAAUAUAAAAUAAAUCAUGCGACUGCCGUGAAGCAAUACUCGAGAUCCUCCGCGGAUCAGGAGGAACCGAUGCCCCACGAGUUGAGGCCGGUGAAAUCCUUGAAGAUGACCAUGAGCUACCUGCUUCACGAGCUAAUGGAUCUCUGCGAGCAGGAGGGUACGAACCUGGCCGAAUGGUAUCACUUCCUCUGGGACCGGACGAGAGGGAUCAGGAAAGAUAUCACGCAGCAGGAACUGUGCUGCGUGGAGAGCGUCGAGCUGCUCGAGCAGUGUGCCAGAUUCCAUAUAGUGUGCUCGGAGAGGCUCUGCGCGGAGGACGCAUCCGUCUUCGACAAGAAGAUCAAUUCGGAGAACUUGACCAAGUGUUUACAGACUUUGAAGUACAUGUACCACGAUUUGAGGGUGAAGGGCAUCACCUGCGAGAACGAGCCCGAAUUCAGGGCGUAUGUCGUGCUGCUGAAUCUGAACAGCGGCAACUUCCUAUACGACUUGCAACAGCUGCCCAAGCUCGUGCAAAAUUCACCAGAGGUCCAGUUUGCGAUCAAAAUGUAUUUCUCAUUGGACUCAAAUAACUACUACAAAUUUUUCCAGCUCGUUCGAGAGACGACUUACUUGAACGCCUGCAUUCUAUUGAGAUACUUCAACCAGAUCAGAUUGAGGGCUCUUUCGAUAAUGGUGAAGGCGUAUUGCAGAAGCACCUCGACCGCCUUUCCGUUGUACGAACUGAUAGACAUCCUCGCCUUCGAGGACGAGAACGAAGCUAUAUGUUUCUGCGAGCAAGCGGGAUUGAACUUGUCGAACGACGAGCUACACAUUCUCUUGAAUCGUCAAAACUUCAGCAUGCCCGCGAGCAUCCAGCAGGGCAGAGCUUGUAAUUUAAUAGAGUCCAAGAGGCGCGCCUUAAACUUUAGCAUCGGCCAGUGCAUCGCCGGUAAAAAAAUGCCGGAGAAGAUCUACAAAAAUCAUAAACCACACAACAGUUUUGACGCGAACGGCUACCUGAAGUCGGAGUCUAUCAACGCUACGGAUCAGACCGCCUGUGGCUCUUCCGUGGCGGCGCAGCACGAUCCAUACGAAUUCGUGGAGAAGGAUACGAAGAGGAUACCAAAGUUGACGUCGAUCCGGGAUAGGGAGCAAAGAGCCGCAAAGGACCUUUCUCCUUCCGCGCAAGUUCGAAAACAGCCGGUGAACGCGAGUAAUGAAACGGGCGCGUUAAAAUCCGUGUCAGUUCCCGAUUCAGCCCCAAGCGUCUUUAAAACGACACCCGUAUCAGAUGCGUUUGAGCACAAGCCAAAGGAAUCAAAUGUAUUCGAGAACAAAUCUCAGAGUGGCGAAUCGACAAAGAUAGCUUCCGAGAAACCUUCUGAUAACAGAAGUAUCGAUACACAACGUGGAGAUAAGCAGCCGACGCUAUUCGGUAGCGGCAGCAGUCUCAGUAAUAAUUCUUCCGUGUUUUUCAAACCGGAAACGUCGCAUAAUGCAGAAGCGGUCUCGCCGUUUGCGAUGGCCGUAAAUAAGAGCAUUUUCUCCGGGAUAGAUUCAGGAAAUAUAUUCACAAAGAACGUUAAAUCUUCUCCCUCCGUGGUGUUCAUUAAUAAACAUUUUCCGUUACCAAUUUCUCUCCACCAACCGGCAUUUGCGGAUAAGACGGCGAAAGAGCAAAGUGUCUUCCAUAAGAGGGAACAGAAAAUCCAGGAGAAAGCUGAAAAAGCGGAAGCUGAGAAAGCAAGACUGGAGAAGCUGGAGCACGCGAGGAAAAUGCAACGAAUCGAGAAGCAGUCGGAAGAGAUUUACAACAGCCUGCACGCGGAGAUCACGCACGAGUUUUGCUCUGCCAUCGCGAGGCAGGAGAUCGACAGGCUAGAGAUGUACAAUACGUUGAGCGGAAAAAUCCUCUCGGAUAUGAUGAACGAAGUAACUCAGGAGAUAUGCGACGCAACACUGACCACGGAGAUCAACCGGCAACGGAAGUUAGAGGAGAUGUUGCUGCGAAUAAAGAACCGAGUGAUCCUCAAGUGCGUGAACAUCUGGAAGCAGCACGUAUUGAGGAAGAAGCGGCAAAGAGCGGCGCUGGAAGACACGCCGGUUUGGCUGCAGAGGCACUCCGUAGAGGAAACCGCGCGGAUGCUGUACACCAAAGAGCAGGAGGUGGUGAUGCGGAACAUGCGCAAGCGACGAAGCGAAUCGGAGGACGUCGUGGUUAGCGCGACGGAAACUCUCGCACCGAUCGAAGUUAUUGCGUACGCCGGCAUCAAGGAGAAUGUACGAUCGUUGGACAUCGAUUCUUUACCCAAUAUAUAUUGGAAACUCGUCAUCUCUUGGCCUGACUUGGCCAACAAGGCGGUCCUCUGGUAUUAUAAGAAGGUGAUGAACGAAUACUUGUAUCCCAACGAUUUUACGAUGGAUCCUAUCGUGAAGAUUUACCGACCGAAUCCUUACGAAACCUUGCACGUCUGCAUAAGGCACUUCGAAGGUCUGAUCAGCGAGCAUCACUUGAUUGGCGCCGACGCGCUUCUGUUUAUCGUCGACGCCUCGGAAAACUACAAAUUCGUUUCGAAACGUUUAACGAAGACCGUGCUGUCGCGACAUAAGCUAAUGCCUAUGCCGCUCGCCUUCAUCGUCCUUGGUAACGGGGAUUUGGAGAGUCAAAACGACAGUAUCGUCUCGGAUUUGGAAUCUUUCCUGGAAUCUGGCUACGUGUCGGAAUAUACAAUCAUGUACGUGGAGAAUCUAUCUGCGAAAGUUGUCUUAAAUUUGACGCAAAGUGCAGUUUUAUGGUUGACAAUGAACAAAUCACCGCCGAAUCCACUAGAAAUGGAUUAUUUAUGUAACGUUUACGACACUUGUUUGUCCGAGGAGAUGUGGUUGAGGAUACUAGGUGAUUCUAUGUUCAAUAAACAAUUAUCAAACGCAUUAAAGGACCCUAACUUUGUAAUCGAUUUGCACAACGAGGCUGUAAAUCACUUGAUAGACAUAAUAUUGGAUCCAGAAUCCUUGCUAUACACGAAUUUCGCGCCUGAAUUGAAAAAGUUUCUUAAAAGCAGCAAUACCAUGCCGUGCAGUUAUGAAUAUUUCAAUGAAUCGUGGAAACGAGAUGAGUACAGAGCAAAACUGGAGACUGCGAUGAAUAGUUUCAUAUUACCACCAUGGAAUGCAACAUGGCCAAUAACAGAUAUACAAGAUCUGCGACGGCACAUUAUGAAUUAUUGCAGGGAGGUGUUGAGUGACUCAAACUGUAAUAUUGUAUUUUGCGAUAUAUUGAGCAAUCUAUUCCUCACCUCAGGUAGUUUACAAGUAUCUAACUUUGUGCACAUACUAUUGUAUGUGAUCAAGGAGAAAGUUCGUCUUUUGGACGAAGAUUUAAUGAUAAUUUACAAUAAAAAUCACAUCAAACAUUUCCGGACGUUACCAUGGUGGUUCAAAUCUAACAUACUGACAGAAUUCAUGUUGCAUGAAUUAAACUCUGAUGACGUAUUAAAUGAACCGACGAGGAAACGAAAGAAACUUGAUAAAUCGGAAAACGAUUUGGAUGAUAGCGCAUUAGAUGAAAAAUUUGGUGUACUGGCGGAGUUUUGCGAGAAUACCAAGACUCGUAUCAUGGAAGUACAUUCUGUGGCUAUGGAGAUAGAGAACCGCUUACAGGCGCAACAAUUGGAAAAUGCGUUAUUGGAAGACAGACUGAAGAACGCCUUAUGUGACGACAUGAAUUUUACAGAGUGAAGGCGUAUAAGUUUUCCCCGUUUAAUCAUCUGACAUAAUUUUAGUAUUUUUUGUUAUAUUUUAUAUUAUUAUACACAUUAUAUACAACAUGCAUUAUAUUUAUUUAUUGACGUGUGAUUUAUCAAGAAAUGUUUUCCAGUCAAAUUAUUUCAAUGUAACAUUGGAAAUACUUGUAAAUAAGAAAAUAUUAAAUCGCUGCUCUGAUCUUACUUAAAUGUUAUCAAGUUGUAUAAGACUAUAAAAUAGGACUAGUUAUUAAUUUAUUUUUCAUAACGUAAUUGUUUUAUAUACAAUUAUGUAAUUCGUAGAAUUACAUAAUUCGGAAAAUAUAUAUUUUUAACAAAACAUCAUUUUUCCACAAUCUUAAAAGGUAUUGUCACUUGAUAUUGUACAUUCACAACAUAGUUAGAUUCUCACGAAAAAGACAAGAAAGAGAAACUUCAGAAAUAAUGAAUUUUCUGAAAGAAUCAGUGCCAUAAAAAUGUAUUUGAUCAUUUAUUAGUCACAAAGUUGCUUUUCCUAUAUUAUAUAUAUCUCCUAUAUAUAUAAAAUCUUUCUUUGAUUUAUACUGUACAUUCCAUUGUCCUCUCUUCCCCAUUUGCCAAUAUAACAAUUUCAUUACACUGUGUUGAGGAAUCUAGAUAUAUGUACUCUCAAAGAGAGAUAUUUAAUAUAGGAUAUAUUUUAUAUAAAAGAGGUUAAUGAAAUUUAUUGAUGAACUGAUAUCACACAAAUAAUGCCUAUAAUACAAGGUUUUAUGACAUUAUAUACAAAAUAUAAUACAAAUCGACAUUUUUUUUCUCGUAAAAAAAUUUUGUAUAACAAUUUGUAUAUGUAUAAACAUAUAAAACCUCAAAUUAUUAUGACGCCUAAUUAUUUUUUAUUUUACUACUUACAAAACACAUUUACAGUUUUUUUUUUAUUUCGUCAUUUUAAUCAAUCGCUUAUUUGGGAUAGAUUUAAGUAAAAGCGUACUAUAUAUUUUCACUUGGUUUCGCUAUGCUUUUGAUUUAUUCCUAAUUCGAGCCUCUAAGAAAAAAAUGUUACCGUAAGAGUAUGUCUUACGGUGUGUAAAUAAAUAUAAUGUUUAUAAUUAUUCUUCUAUGACACGCGUCUAAAGAUCGGAUGUAUACUAUGUUGGUACAUAAGUAUCUGAAUUGUUUACAGGAGAAGAAAGGUUUAUUUCUUCAGUAAAAAUAAAAUGGUUAAGUCAAACAUAAUAUGUUAUUGAAAAUAUAACAUACUAUGACAAUAUAAGGUAAACAUGUACAUUAUUGUGUGAUACUUCUGAGAUAUCACUUUGUUAAAUUAUGUAACGUUAACUUACGUACGUAAGUCAUAACCAGUGUUUGCCUUUAUCUGUAUAAAGUUAUCUAUAUGUAAAAUUAUCUAGAUGAAGAAAUGGAUUUUAUUUGUAUCUAGAUUAUAAUAGAAGAUAUGUUAUUUCUAUUUUCAUGAAUAAAAAUGCUAUUUUUUUCAAA